UGCUGAUGAGGGACCGGGCAGAGCAGACUGGUAGGGUUCAUUCCUUCAUUUGCCUUCAACGCGGCAUCAACAAAACCCCUUGCACCCUACACACCACCCCUGCCGCCGCCGCCGCCCCCCAUACACCCCCCACCCCCACCCUUCCUCCCUCUCUCCCCGCCUGCAGCCCUGCAGGACACACGAACGGAUCACAAGCCCACCGAAGCCUGAUCCCGAUGCAUUAUUUACGCGCCAAACUUCAGCAACUCAUCCACCGGAUAUGGCUGCCGGUCUGAAGAAGAGGAGGCGGCGGAGGAGGAGGAGGUGUCGGUCGGGACAAGCCGGGAGAGGGGACCCUCAUGCGGCCACUGGGUGCUCGCUGCACCCGGAGAGACAUGCUGGAGGAGGAGGCGGCGGCAGAGCGCUGGGCAUGCCUGCAAAGUGUGUCCUGUCUGCGGGGAUGUUUUUACUCCUGCUUCGGUGCUCUUUGGCCGCAGAGGGAAAAAACAACUAUGAUGCCUCCGGCUCCCUCUCACGCGACCUGGCUGCGCCUGCUCAUCCAUCGACUGACCAGUCAUCAACACAGCGUGUUACUUCAGCGGUCCUUUAUUCAGAUGGUGGCUCAGCUUCUGAGGGAGACGGUCUAUUGGGCCAGCCUGCCUUUUCGUCUGUCUUAACCGUCAUGGCGGGAACUGUCAAACACCCAGAGAGCCUUGCUCACAACCAAACCUCCACGCCUCUCUCCAGUGACAACACCACCCAAUGGCCUUCGCACAGUUCCAGCCGAGGCUCAGAGACGGCAUCUUCAUCGUCCUCUCUGGGGGGCAAUAAGACCCAACAGGGGAGCUCAUCAGCAGAGAUGGUUAAGUUAACAGCUGCAACAUCUGGAGUGUCUGAGCAUGCUGUCCACGAAGAGUCCAGACUCACCCUUUCCCAAUCGGUCGCAAUGAUUCCUCUUCCUGGGCCCACUGAGAGGACAUCUCAGGUAUCGCCACUGACUGCUCAGCAGGACACCACAACAGCUUCCCUGAAGCUCACCACCACCACCAUCACUGUGGCUUCAAGCACCACUACGAGUAAACCCCAUAGUUCAACGCCUUCACAGUCGACCACCGUGACCACCAGGAAAACAGCCACCACCACAACCAUGAGGGCUCCAACUAGCAGGCGUCUUUUCCCACCACCCGUCCUUAGAACGAGCCCUCCGAGAGGGACCACGACGGUCUUUAUUUCCCCUUUCACCACCACAACUGAGGCUCCACCUCAGCAGUGCAACAUAACUGAGAGAAUGUGGGUGAGAACAGUUGUAUCGAUCUACGUGAGAAGGAACAGGCUGGACAGCAUCCAGAGGCAGAAUCUGCGCAGGGGACUUAGUCAAGGCCUGCGGAAAGCUUUAAAUGAUAGUUCAGCCCAAGCACAGGUGGAGACUGUAUUUGGUUCACCCAACAUGACGGUGGCUUAUCACGUGACUGGAAAAGACAUGGUUUACGUCCCCUCUGUGGUGCUUUCGGGCUUGGAUGCGUACGGUCGAGAUAAGCUGAUUGCAGACCUGCGACAGUACCUUCCCAUGGUUACAGCCCUGCCCAUUCCUGUUGCAGUGUGGAGAACAAACCCGGCUCUUGGUUUCCAGCUGAAAACAGUUCUGCAGUUUGUGGGAGCUACAGAUGAUCCGAGAUCCUGUCAGUUUUCCCAAAUGAUGGAGCAGAGGCUGGAGAAGGUUUUUUCGGAAGCGCAGGCCAAAGCGCUCAAGGACAACAGCAAAUUGUCUGUCCAGAUGCUGAGUGUCUCCCAAGCUGCAGGCUCCCCUGCUGUGUCGCUGGUUUACAGUGUGAAGAACGGGACUGUCUUUCUAAAUGGCACCACUGCAUCAAACCUCCUUGGUCAGCUCUCCGCCGAGCUGGUGGGCUACUUCCUCUUCUACCCGCCACUGAUCGUUGCUGAGCCACUGGAAUACCACAAUCUGAACACCUCCAUUGCCACCAGAGACUUUUGGGUUAUCACAGUAAUCCAGGAUGUGGAUAACGACAGCCUGGAGGGACUGCACCAAAGCUUUGCCAGUUUGAUGGAGCAGCGACUUGCAGAGUUGUUUGUGUUGGCAGGCCAGCAAGGCACUCGAUUCAGACGAGCGACUGCUGUAGGCAGCUACACUGUCCAGAUGGUGAGUAUGAGAAGGGUGUCAGGAUUGAAGAACCCAGCAGAGAUGACGUACUACGUGCAGCACAAUGGCAUUCCUCUAGCAGGCACAUCAGCUGCCAAGGUCCUCAACACGGUGGAUUCUCAGACCAUGGCGCUCACCUUGGGCUACUUUGUUCAGCUGCAAGCAGAACCUGUGGUCAAGAACCCUCCCAAUAACCUAUGGAUCAUCGCCGCAGUGUUGGCGCCAAUCGCCGUGGUGACGCUCAUUAUCCUCAUCAUCACAGCCGUGCUGUGCAGAAAGAACAAGAAAGACUUUAAAGCUGAUGCCAUCGGCAACCUUAAUCCACGAGCUAAGAUGGCGUAUCGGAGGGAUGUGAACUACUACCACCAGCCAGUCCAAGGUUUUGACUAUGCCAAGCAACAUUUGGGCCAACAGGGAGACGAGGACCCCUUACCUGCGGGUCAGGAUACUUUAGUGAUGUCCCUACAAAUUCGUGACGCACCACUUUCCCUGGAGAAGACCUUAAAACAAGAAGGAACCGUCACCAAAACAAAUCUCACAAGUGACAAACACAAAAGCAAGUUGUUGAGUGAGGACGGUUCCGUCAUCAGCAGCGAAUCAGAGAAGCAGAAUUCCGUCAGGGGCUUCACGGCGCCGAAAGUCACAGCACAGCAGAAACUGACAAAGGAGGAGACGCGGAAGAGAACCGAUCAAUAUGACUCCUCUUCAGGCUCUCUGCAACUCAUUUCCAUAAAGCCAAUGACGGCUCAGCCCAAGUAUUCGCAGCAUGUAUCUUCUGACCGCAACCACGACUCCGCCAUGGUCAAUGGAGAGGUGAACCUGGCUCUCAAGCAGAGGUCGGACAUCGAGCACUAUAGGAACAAGCUGAGACUCAAGGCGAAGAAGAAGGGCUAUUAUGACUUUCCUUCCAUAGAUGGCAGCAGUUGCGGGGGUCGAGGCCUCACGCAAACUGAGAGGCAGGGUCACGGGAAGGCGGAGCCAGAUGAGGAGCGGAAUUCUACUUAUGUUAAGUCUCACAUAAGGCGCUCUCAGGUAGGGCAGACGUCCUAUCGCAGCAGACAGAGCCUGAACACUCCAAGUCCUGGAGGAACUGAGAUGGAUCUCCUUGUGAUGAGGGAGAGACCUAGGAAAGGCAUCCGGAACAGUGGUUAUGAUACUGAGCCCGAGUUGAUCGAAGAGACGAACGUAGACCAUUUAAUGGACCAGAGAGGCUUCGUGUACGGCCGCGGUCUGAAAGGCCAGUCACAGACGUCCACUCUGAGCUCACAGCCGUCCAUUGAUGAAGUGCGUCAUCAGAUGCACCUGCUCCUGGAGGAGGCAUUCAGCCUGGCGUCAGGGGGACAGUCCACAUCCGGGAGGCAUUCCCACUCCCACCCUCGCCCUUCUCCGGACCAGUACAGUGCUGCUCCGCUUCCCUAUGCAGAUGUGGUGACCAGCGCUCCAGGGACUAUGAGUGGUCGUAGCGGACUGCAGUGGAGUCCAUCUUAUGGAGCAGAUGUGUACCAGUGCAGUCCGCCCAAACCAGCCUUUCACUUCACCCAGCUGCCUGACAUGGCAAUUAGUUCUCCUCCCCCUUUGCCACCUCGCGCCGGACCCCCUCCUGGUACCUCCUUAAGACGGUCCAUCUCAGACCUGGGCCCCAAGGGAAGGAGCUCUCAGACAUCUGUCAUUGAAAUGCAGAGUCCACAUGACAACAACCCAUAUGGGCCCAGCUCCAGGGCAGCACUUCCAUCCAUCACUGUAGAGAAGCCUGUGUCCAACUACUCAGGAAACCCAAUAACAGCCGUCUAUUCUAUCCCAGCCAGCAGGACCGGCUACUCCGACUAUUUCGUCUCCACCUCGCCUACGUCCUACCACAGUCCCUCCUGGAUGUCUUAUCCUCCUGAACCUGAAGAUGUGCCACCUCAGUGGGCAGACUCACUGCCCUUGCCAGGAUAUGUCGAGGCUUUUCCUCACCCUCGCUACCCACAGGGGAGCCCCUCCUUACUCCCCCUACAGUACACUCAGAGUCUGGACCAACAACCUGCCGUCCAGAGCACAACGUCCCCGAAAAUCCUGCCGCAGGUUAGGAAGGACACGGACACCGUUCCCUUGAGCAAUCUCUCCACAUCCGCACUCGUGAACGCCAUUCGGCAAGAGGUGGCCAAACUGGCCAAGAAGCAGCGUGACAUGUUUGAUUUCUAGUCUGGAUUGUGUGCAGGAGUUGACAACAAACUGAUUUUUGAUGUUUUUACUGUAAUAUUACCAGAUCUUAUUUACUCAUUGACUGGUUGAUUUAUUUUGUAUUAUACCUGUCAGCUGCUGACAUAAAACAACAAAACAAUUGUUUUUUUGGGAGGAGAUUAAUGCAAAUGCUGUCCCUUAAUGACUGCACACAUGUAGAUAGUACGGGAAUAUUAUAGGAAACAUUUGAAAGGAGUCAAAUAACUAUUUUUACCAAAAGGACCAAACACUUCCUGACAAGCAUGCAAGAUGGUAUUUGAUCUUUUUUUUUUUUUUUUUUAUCGUGGCCUCACAAAAUCCUAGCCAACUUUAUCAUCAAACUCAACAAUUCCAGAAGUUUUAAUUGUGUUUUUUUUAUUAUCAGGCUCGGACCACUAUAAAAACCCCUCGCUGAAGAACAAAAGACAUUAAAUCAGUACGCACAUUUAGCCAUUCAUCUCAGUGCAAGACACACUCAUACUUCACUUUGGGAUAAAAGCCGUCCCAGACUGCGAUAAAGCCAAUUGUUAAUGCCGUAUUGCUGUCUGUCCGACUGCAAAUAAGUGCAUGGAGUUUUAUGGCGAGAAUGCUGCAUAAACAUCCACAUGCUGCAGACUGACUCUUGGUUAUGAAAUAUUACAGAAAUAAAGUUAGGGUCCCAUUAUCAAAAAGCGAUGUUUAAUAAUUAACAAAUGCUGCUUGCAUUCUCGCAAGAUCUCCUGUACUAUAAUCAUGUUUGAGGGCAGAAACAAUGACUCACGAUGGCCAUGUAAUGAGCAAAGUUUUUUUGUUUGUUUUUUAAAGCUGGUCACUGGUUGAGACACAAAGAAGUAAAUGAACAUGAGCUAAACACUGUAAAACUAAUGUCUUUUUGUCUUCCAUCAAUGGUUUCCUAAUUUCCAAUGUAUCUGCUCAUUAGUUCGAGAGACUGAGACAAGCCAAGAGUGAAAGAACUAAUAGCCUACAUGAUUAAACUGAAAUAAAAGAUUUUUUUAGUAGAAUACCAGAGUCUGUGGUUUGUGCUCCACACGUCUUUCUCCUCUCCAAAUGUCAUUUUGGACAUUUCAUAACUGGAUUUUCCCUCAGCAAGUCACUUGAGGGUGAGCUAAUGUAGCUUUUGUGACUAUUGAUGUGAUUUAUUCUCGCUCCGGACUUCUGUGGGUUGAACUGAAAUGGCCUGCAUUACCGGGUUUAUCUAUUCUGCACUUUACUUUUAUCCAACCUAAAUACUCAAGCCUCAGUAAUACAUCCCCUGGGCUUUUGGAACGUUCCCCGACAAAAGAACACGGUGUAAGCAUCCGCAAAUGUGCAACCUAGGGGUGUUCGUGUUGGAUAAUUCAUUCAAUAAAUUGGUUACGGCCCCUGGGAUGAUAUUUGAUUAGUAUUAGAACCGGCCCACAGGCCACAGCCGUCUGCUGCUGUUUUGCACGCACCAAUACGCCAUCAGUGGUCCUAGGGACCCCAUCAAGUCAAAAAAAUGGGGUCCCAGAGUAAAUUUUUGGGGUCUUACUUUUUAUAAACUGUUUUGAAAACAAAUGAUAAACAUACGCAUUACCCUGUUGUAUCUCACUUUCUAUAGUGUGGAAAAAGUUUGUCAUAAACAUUACUGAAUUCAUUUAUAAAAUAAUACAAAAUAAACUUUUUUUUAAUGAAUAUGUACAUGUAUUCAGUUCUAAACAGUCAUUCACUUUCCUCUUUCUUUCAUGGUUCUAAACUUAACUGCUGCCGGUAUUUUUUUUCAAUAUUUUCAUUGUAAUAUUUUCAGAAUGUGUUUGUUCUAUUUUUGGCCAAAGUAAGACAAAUCAAACAAUCUGAAGUUGUCUUUAUUUUUUUAGUCUUAAUGCCAUGAUUUUAAUAGUCCGGCCCGCGUGCGCAAAGAUUUUCCUCCAUGCGGCCCCUGAGUUAAAAUGAGUUUGACACCCCUUUGUGAGACAUACUGUACAAAUGGUGCUCUGAGUCUUCAUCAGUUGUAUUGGGAUUUCGCUUGCUUUUUUAUUUGUCGUUGCUCCGACCUAAAAUGCAAGAAUUCACCGCAACUUUCUGAAAAAGCUGCGGCCGCAAAAGUUGUAAUGUUUCUGGGCUUAUUCUUCCUUGAAUAACAUGUAAUCAUCUUGUGAUUUUCUGAAUUUUUUUGUCAAUAUUUGAAGUUUUCCUUGUAACCUUAACCUAAAAAAAGCACAGGAUUCAAACACAAAUUUGGAAACAAAUACUGCAUUGAUUUUAGACUCAAUUUAUACCUCAUAGACUUCAGUUCAAGUCCCAGAUUUAUUUGAAACAAAACAAACCCUACUCAGUGGCCUAGUAAUUAGAGUGACAGCCCUAAGCUCGGUAGGUUGUGAGUUCAAACCCCGGCCGAGUCAUACCAAAGACUAUAAAAAUGGGACCCAUUACCUCCCUGCUUGGCACUCAGCAUCGAGAGUUGGAAUUGGGGGUUAAAUAAAUG